AUGUCUCUUCGCGAUCUCAAGAUAAAGACUGGAGUUGUUAAACGUCUCUAUAAAGAAGAAAAAUCUUAUCGUAAAGAAGUCGAAAAUCAACAAAAACGAAUUGAUAAACUGACGGAAGAUGGAACUGAUGAAUAUACUAUAGCUAAACAGAAAGAAGUAUUGCAAGAAUCAUUAAAUAUGAUUCCAGAUUGUCAAAAUCGUCUUAAAGAAGCACAUAAAGAAUUACAAAAAUUACUAGAAAAUAAGGACGCAUCCUGGAAUGAGACAGAAGAAUUAAGACAGGCAGAAGAAAUCUUUGAAGAAGUUAACAAAGAAAUAGAAAUAUGA